AUGCACAGGUCUUUAAGGAAGACCCCACCGGUGGAUAUGAGGGAAGUGAUGGCACGGGCGGAUGGAGUCAUCAGACUGCAAGAAGAAAAGCUCACCCAAUCAAAACGCGCCACUUCCACCAUUGCAGUCCCAAAGCCUCUACCGGAGCAAAAGAUGGAAACGAGACGAUAUCCCUUGAGACAAGAAUCUAACAAUGGACCUAUGCAAAGUCGACCCUUCACCAGGCUCACGGUGAGUUUGGCCAAACUUUUUCACAAGAACAAGGGCAAAGGUAUAUUUCGAACACCACCUGCGAUCCGUGAAUCUCCAAAUAAGCAAGAUAGGAACAAGAUGUGCACCCAUCAUAACGACUUUGGACACACCACAGAUGAGUACCGAAGUCUCAGGUAUAAGGUGGAGGCAAUGCUGAGAAAGGGAAUGUUAACCCAGUACCGCGCUGAACCUGAGAGUAGGGCAAGUGAAGAGGGUGGGUCAAAAACAAUGACUGGAAAUAUCGCAAACGAAGAGCUACUGGAGAUCAACACCAUUCAUGGUCGACCGAAUCCCGUGGAGGGAAAAGAGGCUCGAUCCCGAUACGAAAAAAGACGGGCUGAAAAGGUGAGACGCAUAAAUGGGAUCGCAUCUGCCUCUGAAUCUGCCAAAGCCUUGGAAAAGAUUAGAGUCAUCUCAUUCACGCAGAAAGACAUGGAAGGAAUUGAGUUCCCUCACAACGACGCAUUAGUGGUGACCCUCCGCUUUGCCAAUUCGAUGGUAAAAAGAGUGAUGAUUGACGGGGGAAGUAGUGCAGACGUGUUAUUCUGGAGCACCUUCAAAAGAAUGAAGUUGGAUGAAAAUGAGAUUCAACCAAACCUAACACCAAUCUACGCGUUUGAGGGGAUGAAAGCGCAACCGAUCGGAGAUGUGACUCUGCCGGUCAUUGCUGUAGGUAAGACCCUAUUCGUUACUUUUGUGGUUGUAGAUGCACCGAGGGUGUAUAAUGCUAUAAUGGGAAGGAACUGGAUUCAUCGAAUGGAUGGAGAAGCAUCGACAAGUUGCCAGGUGAUGAGGUGCAUAUCUGAAGAUGGGAGAACCACAGUUGAUAUCAAAGGGGAUCAAAUGGAGGCCAGAAGAUGCUACAGCAUAGCAACUGACCUUAAGGCUGCGACUUCGCAGCAGAACGAGGAUUUAUAG